AAGAAAGGUACGUCAUUGGUGGCAUGUGAAAACCUGUGAGAUGAUUAAUCAAAUAUGUUUUGGUUACUACUGAAUAUGUUUCACAUCGCUGCAGGUUCAGGCUCCGAUAACGACAACGACGAUGACAAUGAUGAAGACACCUCCAAAAAAAAGGCUAAGAAAAAGACAACAAAGGACAGCUCUCCAUCUACAACUUCUGCCAAAGAAAAGAAAUCCAAAUCUAAAGAGGACAAAGACUCUGAUGGAAAAGAAAAAAAGUCAAAGUCAAAGGAGAAAGACAAGAAGAAAGAACCAGCGUCAAUGUUCCAGAUAACUGAAGAAAAAGACUCAAAAAGCAAGAAGAAAGCUACCAAAUCAGACAGCGAUGACAGUGAAGAGGAGACCAAGUCAACCAAAUCCAAGAAGAAAUCGGCCGCUGGCUCAGCAUCCCUGUUCCAAACAUCAGGAGACAAGGACAAAGAGAAGAAAACAAAGAAGAAAGCAAAGGCAGAAGAGAGCGAUGAUUCCGACUCAGAAAAGGAAGGAAAAUCUAAGAAGAAAAAGGGCAAAGGGAAGAAGAAAAAGGAGAGAUCUCCGUCACCUGAGAUUGAGUUUGACAACUUGGAGAAGUUUGUGAUGGAGCCGGCUCCGCAGGGCGUGACCAUCAAAUGCAGAGUGACUCGAGACCAGAGAGGGAUGGACAAGAGCCUCUACCCGACGUAUUACCUUCACCUCGACAACGCAAAGAAGAUAUUCCUGUUGGCCGGCAGGAAAAGAAAGAAAUGCGCAACUUCAAAUUACCUCAUCUCCAUUGAUGCCACAGAUUUAUCGAGAGGUGGAGAGAAUUUUGUCGGAAAGCUGAGGUCCAAUUUAAUGGGGACUAAGUUCACCGUAUUUGACAACGCUCUGAAUCCAGAGAGAGCUCUUCCAGACAUGUCUAAUGCACGGCAGGAGCUAGCAGGCAUCAUCUAUGAAACAAAUGUCUUAGGGAUGAAGGGACCCAGAAGGAUGACGAUUAUCAUUCCAGGAAUGGACAAGAACAACGAGCGAGUACCUCUACGACCAAGAAAUGAUUGUGACGGCUUGUUGUCAAAGCACCAGAAUAGAAGAACGGAAAAUCUGAUCGAGCUUCACAACAAGACGCCGGUGUGGAGUGACGAAACUGCAUCUCAUGUGCUGAACUUCAACGGCAGGGUCACCCAGGCCUCCAUCAAGAACUUCCAGAUAGUCCAUAGCAAAGACUUGGACUACAUUGUGAUGCAGUUUGGACGAAUAGCGGAUGACAUUUUCACGCUGGACUUCAACUACCCGAUGUGUGCCACGCAGGCCUUUGCCAUCGCACUCUCCAGCUUUGACGGCAAAAUCGCCUGCGAAUAAUAAAAAGAUUCCCAGUUGUCUUCUCACACUGAAACCAGUAUCCAACACGCCCACGUCACAACAACUCUUUGGACUCGCCUUUAACGCUUCCUGUGAUUGGCGGCGAUAACGAAUGAUGGUUCCUUGAACUGCUGCGCUCCGGUCUCCUAACAUGGUCUGAUCUUGCACGACGAUCUUGUCUCGGUAACUUCAGUGGAAACGUCAGGAUUUCUGUGAAUCACAGAAAGACACACUCCAUUUCAAAGGACCCCAGUGACUGAAGGGUUAAGGGUUUUUAAGGGGAUGAUGCUACACCUGGAUUAUGAAGGUUCCUAACAUCAUUAAACGAUGUUAAACUGUGUUUUGUUUUUUGUGCUGUAUUGUAUUGCUUUGUACAUGUGACUGUGAGAGGCAAAGCACACCAAAGAUUAAGUCAGGAUGAGAAUGUCUUGUUACUUUAAGGCACAAAUCUGAUUUUAUUUGAAGAGUCAAGCUUCAGGACAACAGUCUCAAAUCUCAAGUCAGCGGUCUUAAACAACUGUUCAUUGUUUAUCAUUGAAACAUAAAUUCCAGGUAUUGUUAGAGUGACAUACACAGAAGUUUAAUAUUUAAGAAUAGGAGUUCUUAUAUCUGGUGUUAAUGUGAUAUUUUGACUAAAUACAGAAGAUUUCUCUGCUAUCUCAGAUGAUUUCAGCUCCUGUAGGAUUUUCUAUUUAUUUUUUGGUUCCAAAAUUUUAUAAAAUGUAUUUUUUUUUCUAUACACUGCCUUUGUUGCAUUUCUAGGCUUAAAGCACGUGGACUUUCAAACUUGUAUUUGUAUUAAAGGUGCAGUGUGUCGCAUUUGGGAGGAUCUAUUGACUGAGAUAGAAUAUACUAUUAAUAAGUAUAUUAUAAUUACUGUAUAUUCUAUCUAAAUACGGAGCAGGUCCUCCUCAAGGAGCUGGUUGACAUGUUUCUACAGUAGCCCAGAACGGACAAACCAAUCCAUGGCUCUAGAUAGGACCAUAUACGUUUUCGUGUUUUAGUUUUUUUCGUGUUUUGGCGUCUCUUACAUGCUCGGCACACGGAGGAAGUUUCAGUCGGUUGCAAUCUGCUACCUCACCGCUAGAUGCCGCCAAAUCUUACACACUGCACCUUUAACUGCGUUAGUAGUUAGUGUUCAUG